AUGGCCGAUUCGUUCCCCUCACUCAUUGGAGGCUUUUCCCUUCCUCACGACCUGGUUCCCUCAAUCGUCUUUGCGGCAACUUAUGGCUUGCUUAUACCUAUCUCUAUUUGGCGUAUAGUCAGCAAGAGGUCGCGCUCUUUUUUGAUUUUUGGAACGACGGCGUUUGUCGUUGAGAGGACCGUGAUGUUUUCGUUGCGAGCUGUAAUAUCUCGUCAACCGCCUGAAAAAGCGGCCGAAGGAUUGGUCGAGUACCUACAAACAACUAUUGCCAUGGGAUUUGUUGCUCUUUCUCAAGAUCUCGCUGGGAUGAUGCGCGCAGUCCUGGUGAACGGAACGUAUGGCUCCGACAUGUUGAAUGCCCAGACUGAGAAAGUCCAAGAGAAGGAGCAUCUGGAGCAUGGUGGCACCCUCACAUCGAGCUCUAAAUCGAUGUUCUCCAGCAAUUACAACUUCUCCGUAAACUCGAACUUCUCAGCGUUUGAUAUGGAAAUUCCGGACCAUCCCAGGACACGAUUCUGGAUACGUCGGAUUCAUGACAUGACUCAAAUACUAUUCGUAGCAGCGAUGGCCACUGGGUUUAUGGGGAACAGCAGAAUCGUAUCUCAGCGUCACGACCCCACGCAGACCACAAUAAACCAAGCCUUAAGGUAUACGAGCACUGCAGUUACCGUAUUUGAGCUGUUCGUUAUCUCUGGCAUGUGCAUCUGGGCAUACUAUCGGAUGGGCAGGGUCAAUAAAAGGGCUUGUUCAGUGCUUGCUGCCCUCACCAUCUUUCUUGCAAUCCCGGCUAUCUAUCGUCUUUCAAUCAUGUCAUUCACGACAUCAUCCUACUAUUCCCUUGACCCUGGCUCAAAUAACUCGACGCUGGACAAGGCCAUUUUUUACCUCCUCAACGUCGUGCCUGAAUGGGCAUUCGUAAUGAUCAUCUGCUCGAUCAACGUCAGGGAGGUGCUCGGCAUUUCCUGUAAGGGCGACGAGCGAUGUAGAGAUGAGACGAAAGAGGAGAGGGUACGUCGGGAGACCAAAGAGCAGGAGAAAAAACUGAAAAAUGGGGACGCAACUCUGGUUUCAAUGCCGACCAUGUGCAAGAUGGAUAGUGGGAAAAUCGCUGCUCCUUUGAUUUUCGUGGACAAGUAA